AUGUCCACUGCCAUCAUAAACACCGACGACGACCAACUUGAGCCGACCCUUCAGUCAAUCCUCGACCAAAAGACGCUGCGCUGGAUCUUCGUCGGAGGCAAAGGUGGAGUAGGGAAGACGACAACUUCCUGCUCUCUCGCCAUCCAACUGGCCAAAGUCCGCAGAUCUGUCCUCCUCAUCUCAACUGACCCCGCGCAUAACUUGUCCGAUGCCUUCUCGCAGAAGUUUGGCAAGGAGGCGCGCCUCAUCGAUGGCUUCACGAACCUGAGCGCUAUGGAAAUCGAUCCGAACGGCAGCAUCCAAGAGCUGAUGGGUCAGGCAGAGGAGGGAGAGGGUCCCGCGGCUGGCAUGGGCGGCAUGAUGCAGGAUUUGGCCUUCGCUAUACCCGGUAUUGAUGAGGCUAUGUCCUUCGCAGAAGUCCUCAAGCAGGUCAAGUCCCUCUCCUACGAGACUAUCAUCUUCGAUACUGCGCCUACAGGCCACACCCUCCGCUUCCUCCAGUUCCCCACCGUCCUCGAGAAAGCACUCGCCAAGAUCUCCCAGCUCUCCUCACAGUUUGGCCCUAUGUUGAACGGUCUCCUCGGCGCCAACGGCUCCCUACCCAACGGCGCGAACUUACCCGAAAUGAUGGAGAAGCUAGAAGGUCUCCGCGAAACCAUUAGCGAGGUGAAUACGCAGUUCAAGGACGAAAAUCUAACAACUUUCGUCUGCGUUUGUAUACCCGAGUUCUUGUCCCUCUAUGAGACCGAGCGCAUGAUCCAGGAGUUGGCUAGUUAUGGGAUUGAUACGCACUGCAUUGUAGUCAACCAGCUGCUGUUUCCCAAGAGCACGAGCGAGUGCGAGCAGUGCAAUGCGCGGAGGAAAAUGCAGAAGAAGUACUUGGAGCAGAUCGAGGAGCUGUACGAUGAGUUUAACGUGGUCAAGAUGCCACUGCUGGUCGAGGAAGUAAGAGGCAAGGAGAGGUUGGAGAGAUUCAGCGAGAUGCUGAUUCAACCAUAUGUACCGCCGGCGGGGGGUCUGUAG